UUGGUUUGACCAUUCAUUAAUUAUUGGUUUAACUCUCUCUUCACCUACCCUGCCACCAACUUGUAGCCAACCAUCUUUGAAUUCCAAUAACUUCCACCAAACUCACAAAAAAAGUAUAUUACAAAAACCUCUCCCCUUCCCUUUUUUUUUCUCAUUCUUCAAGUUUUUUUUUUUUUUUUUUUUUUUUAAGAAAAACUAGUCUUGAAGAUUCAAAAUCAAGAUUCAUCAACCCAUCUUUUUGUUUUUGUGUAAUUCAUAAUUCAUAAUUCAAAGAUGGGUAGUGAAUCUAAGGUUUAUACUUUGGCAGAAGUUGUCCCUCACAACAAUGUUAAAGAUUGUUGGCUUCUUAUUAAUGGCAAGGUGUACGAUGUGACAAAAUUCAUGGACGACCACCCUGGUGGCGAUGAGGUUUUAUUGGCUGCAACUGGAAAGGAUGCAACUGAUGAUUUUGAGGAUGUUGGCCACAGCAGCAGUGCUCGAGCAAUGUUGGAUGAGUACUACAUUGGAGAUAUCGAUUCAGCAAGCAUCCCGACGAAAAUGAAGUAUACUCCUCCCAAUCAACCUCAUUACAACCAGGACAAGACAUCCGAGUUCGUAAUUAAGCUCCUCCAGUUCUUAGUUCCCUUGAUGAUUUUGGGUAUAGCUGUUGGCAUCCGCUUCUACAGCAAACAACAAUCCGCUUGAAGAUUUGAGUGUGCCGGUCUAAGUUGCUUGAUUCUCCAAAAAUGUUGCCCCAGUCCUGCCGGAUCCUUCAAAAAUAUACUAUAUUUGGAGGAUUUGACAUGCGUUGACGUUUUUGAAGAGUCCGAGCAACAUAGGUGCCGGUUAAUUCAUAAUAAGAGUCUGCAAAUUCAGACUCUUAUUUCUGAGACUUCAUAUAGUCACAUGUUCUUGCUGUAAUAGAUAUUUGGGUUCUUCAACUCAAUAUUGUGAACUUGGAUUGUGUAUUUGCUUUUGAACUAUGAAUUAUAGAGGCGGAUUCAAGAUUUUGAAACUGA